AUGACCCUGGAAGAUUUCGAGAAGUCAUUGGUGGAGGACCAGGGGCGCCGACGCGAGAAGAGCGACAAAGACCGACGCCGUGGAGACCGCGACCGCGACCGCAGCAAAGACCGUUCCAGACACCACCAUCGCUCCAAUCACCACCACCGGCGACAUUCGUCAAGAUCGCGAGACCGCGAAAGCAGACGAGAUCGGGGGUCUAGACACCAUGAUGAUGACGGUCACCGGCACAAACGUUCUCGCCAUUCGAUCGACCACGGAGACGGUCGCGAACAUUCGCGUAAACGUCGGCACAGAGAGUCCAGCCAGGAGAAGGAUGAAAUGUCGACGAGCAAGCCAGAUAUCCAAGAGGAAUCCAGUCGCUUAAAGCGUGAUUCUUGGAUGGAGGCACCUUCCGCUCUGGACAUUGAAUACGUUCACCGACCCGAUCCUAAGCAGACAGAGGAAGCCAACAAGCCCACGAUGCUCCAGGCAGAUUUCGAACUCAAGAUCCACGAGAAGGAACUCAAUAGCCAUCUACGGGAUCUAAAAGAAGGAAAGGUCCUUGAUGAAAUCGAGGAAGAGCCAUCUCAGCAUGAGGUAGACUAUACUUUUGGAGACUCCGGCUCUCAAUGGCGGAUGACCAAGCUGAAGGGCGUUCACAGAGAGGCAGAGGACAGUGGUCGACCUGUUGAAGAGGUCGCAAUCGAGCGUUUCGGGGACCUGCGCUCUUUUGAUGACGCUCGGGAAGAGGAAAUCGAGUUGGAUCGGCGCAAGAUGUACGGCGAGUCUUAUGUAGGCAAAGAGAAGCCGAGCGGAGAGUUGUUCCAGGAGAGGAAGCUAAAGGAAGAAGUUAGCCGGGGCCCCCAUGAGCAUAUUCGUGAUCCAGCCGAAGAGCUGAAGACUGAAGUUCAAGGGAAAAGGAUGGAAGUCGAGCCUCCCUCCAAUACAACCCAGCAUCUGGACCAGACUGCGUUGAACCGCCUCAAAGCUCAAAUGAUGAAAGCUAAAUUGAGAGGCGCCCCUAACGCAGCUGAGCUUGAGGAGAAUUACAACACUUCACUUGCGGCAUUCUCUAACCGCAAAGAGUCUGAUGUUGUGGUGCUUGGCGUGAAGGAGAACCGUCUGCUUGCCGGCUCGAGAAAUGAAGUCAAGCCUGUUGAUACAAAGCGAGGGCGUGAAAGAGGCCAAAUGCAAGACAACGAAGACAUGACCAUUGAAGACAUGGUUCGCGAGGAACGCAAGACUCGGGGUCAACUGGGUGGGGAAGGGCAGCGAUUAGCAGAGCGCAUCGCCCGUGAUGGGAAGUUUGAGAAUGAUCUGGAGUACAUGGACGAUCAAGCUUCCAAACUGGCCAAACGAGUGCACAGAUCUGAAAUCGACAUCAAGAACGCUACUAUAAACGACUUCCGCAAGAUGAACCGCAUCCUCGACAACUGUCAGCUCUGCCAUCACGAAGAUACAAACACUCCGCCAAUUGCGCCCGUCGUGUCUCUCGCUACCAGAGUCUAUCUGACUCUUCCCACUGAGCCUGAAAUCAGCGAGGGGAGUACCACUAUUGUGCCCAUCCAGCAUCGCAACAACCUCCUGGAAUGUGAUGACGAUGAAUGGGAAGAAAUUCGUAAUUUCAUGAAGAGUUUAACCCGCAUGUAUCAUGAUCAAGGCCGAGAUGUUAUAUUUUACGAGAAUGCGGCCCAUCCACAGCGCAAGCGUCAUGCGUCUAUGGAGGUGGUUCCAUUGCCCUAUAGUCUUGGAGAAACAUCGCCUGCGUUCUUUAAAGAGGCGAUUCUCAGCGCCGAAUCAGAAUGGUCUCAGCACAAGAAACUGAUCGAUACCCUUGCCAAGGCCAAGCAGGGAAUGGGGCGAUCAGCAUUUCGCCGAACUUUAGUCAAGGAAAUGCCCUAUUUCCACGUGUGGUUUGAGCUCGAUGGUGGUUUGGGUCAUAUCGUUGAAGACGAGAACCGUUGGCCUCGUGGGGACCUAUUUGCACGAGAGGUCCUCGGAGGUAUGCUUGACGUUGCCCCAGAUGUGAUCAAGCGACAAGGCCGUUGGCACAGGGGCGGUGAUCGCAGAGUUGAAGGCUUUAGGAAGCGCUGGAGAAAAUUUGAUUGGACUCGUGUCUUAGUCGAAGGUUAA